AUGUCUCGAGGACCGAAGCCCCGCAAAUUCAAGCCUAUCGACCCGGAGAAGGUUCGUGAGAUUGAGGCAAAGGUCCAGAUGCUCCCGGAUCCACGUCAGCUGGUCAAUUACUUUAUUGACUCAAGGUACGUUGAUCUUGAAGAUCAAAUCGCGAAGGCCCGGUAUGUUAGUCAGGAGAUAUUCUGUUCUCAUGUCGACGACCUGAAGUCCUUGUUUCUCUGCAACAAGGCAAUUUGCGAGCGGAUUGAGCGUGAAUAUUGCAAGAUUGUCUACCGUAAUAUUCCUAAAUGGACCGCAGCCAUCUUUGACGUCGAGAAUACUGUUGCACGAUUGCGUUACGAGUUCCUCGGGGUUUUUGCCGCACGCCUACAAGAUUCGGGGCAAUUCAUCCACGACACGAGGAAGCUCAUCCGGCGAGAAUACUUAAACCCUCGACGGUCGGCAAGAGCCAAGGUCGACCGACUUCUAGGUCAAGCGGAAGAUCUGAGGACAGAAUACCACUUGUUACAGGUGCUUGGAAUGGCGAUUAUGAAAGGACUAAAUGAAAUCAGAUUUUCACUCAUGCAUUUUAGAGCUCUCGAAUUGGCGAGGCCUGAACUCUUGACUUUACCAUUCCACGAAUUCACCAAUGUUUUUGAGGCCCAAAGACGCCAUUUUGCAUUGGAUGCACACAACCAUCGCUUCGCGUGGUUUGAGAGAAGAAAAGGCCAAGCUACUGCUCUCGUCGAGUCGCAAUUAUGGAGCCCCAAGAUAGCCAAGCAAAGUCUCAUGGAAUCGGUGAAAAUUUUCCAUCAAUGCACACCACAGACAGUAUUACAGUUUGUAAUACGUGGUGGUUUGAUGCAAGGUGAGGACAUGGCCGUAAGAGAAUCAGCACGCGUUCAUUUGUCUUUCUAUGCGGCUCAAUCCAUGAUCGCUAAUCGCCUGCGAAAACUAUACACCGCUCAAUGGAAGGGCCCAAAUCCCGCCAAUAGCCCCAAGCUAGGCAAGGUUUGGCGACAGCUUGAUGUGAUGGCUUUAUUUGAAACCCAGCAGGCCUCCAGUGCACUGUUACAGUAUGAGGUCUGGUUAUUACUAAGAUCCUUGGAGGGGAAGUUUGGGCCAAUGUGGUCAAACCUUGGCGCCGCAAAGAUUUGUCAAUACCAUGACAAGCUCCAUCUGUUUAGCAUGGCGUUCCAUAAUUCUCGGAAAGAUUUCGCGACGAAUGUUGAAAUGUACAGACUUGCCAAUUGGGCUCGACUGAAAGUCGAAGAGAAGCAGUUCAGGCUAGGCGGGUUGGACAGUAUCCAAGACCGGGGCCUUCUCAUAGUGCGAAAGCCGCUCAGCCAGGAUGACUCGCUUUUCAACCACUGGGUGAACCAAUAUGCUGCCAUUUCCUUCAAACUAUGGACUUUACAUAAAAUUCUCAAGAUCUUCACUGAAGAGAAUGACGCAUUUACACGGAGUUACUAUACUGGUUUGGCAGAAGAACACCUUAAACGUUUGCGCCCGCCAAGUUUUGUGCCAGAAAUCGGCUCUGCCAGAGUCAGAGAUAGCCGGCGGAAGCGACGAAAGGAGAUUAGGAACAUGCGUUCUUCAUUUCCAGCGCCGCACGGGAAUUGGUCCAGCAAGGCAUCGACCAAGCCCAAGACAUUAUCGCCCCCAUCAAAAGAUACUACAAAAAUCUCGUCAUCUUCGCCACUCCCUUCACCAUCGCAAGCCCUUGAUACUCAUGCAAAAGCCUCCCGAGAUCAUUCUCCACCGAUGUCUGACACGACCAUCUCUAUUGCCAAAGGGGAGACCCCCAAACCAGACGAUAAAAAGGAGAGUGUAGUAGCAAAGAGUGGAAAACAGAUAAGGGCAAUGAGGGUGCUUCCAACUGGUCCCAAGCUGUCUAAACAGGCUACCCUUGAUGACGUUUUGGCCGAAACCUCCCCCAAAUCAGACGAUGAAAGGAAGAGUAUACCGGAAGAGGCAUCCAUCAAGCCCAAAGCACGGCCUCCUCCAUCAGUUAAGGCUACAAAAAAUCCGUCAUCUUCGCUACUGCCUUCAUCACCACCGAAAGCUCUCAAAACUCCUCCCAAAGACCCCCGAAAUCGUUCUCCAUCAACUUCUGGCACAAACGUCUCUAUUGCCAAGGGGAAAUCUUCCAAGCCUGAUGGUAAAAAGGAGAGUGUACUGGCAAAGAGUAGAAAACGAAUGAGGGCAAGGAAUGUGCUUCAAAUUGAGCGCAAGCUGAUUGAACAGGCUACUCUUGAUGAUACUUUGGCGGAGGACUUGGGUGAUUUCGGCCCUCCAAUUCUCAAAAAGGGACAAGCAGCGCAGCAACCCGAUCCUCACCAAAAAGCCGAUCCAGAAUCAAGCCGGAGUCCACCCGCUGGUUCCAACAGAGAUAAUGCUGUCUUUUUGCCUACAUCCAAGUUGAAAUCUCGACCUGCGAAAAAGACAUACUUAGCCAAGCGGCCACGAGAAUCGACCCUUGGUCGCAGACGAAACCCGCUCUCGGGCAGCAAUAUUCAGCGUAAGCUUAAUCUGGAUUUUUUGAGCGGAAAGACAACCGCCAGGUUAUACAGCACUAGAGCAUGUGUUUCUGGGGUGAAGGCCAAUGAACACAACCUUCGUUGCGCAGACGAGCAGUCCUUGCCUCUUGACGACCCACCAAGUGCAGAACUUGUUGAUGGCCUGGUAGGAUCUGCUAAGGAUCUGCUUGUUUCAUCCGAGGCGGAAUUUCCACAAAAUGGCAGCAAAGUCAAGGACAAGGCAGCUCCGCUGUUCUGGACUCAUAGUUCGCAACGUGGUCCCGCUGGACAGAAGCUGAUUGUGCAUUACUGCCGAACCCUGGAUAGCACAGAGGAAGUUGCAAAGCUUUUCCUCGAUAGCAAAGUCAUCGGAUUCGAUAUGGAAUGGAAGGCACAGGCUUCUGCUUGGGAUAGUAUACAGAGCAACUUGUCUCUAAUCCAAGUCGCAAAUGAGGAACGCAUUGCGCUUUUCCAGAUCGCGCUUUUUAAACCGGAUAAAACCCUCCAGGACCUCGUGGCACCGUCACUGAAGCAACUUCUUGAGUCGCCCGAUGUCACAAAAGUUGGUGUAUCUAUCAAGGCGGACGUAACUCGUUUGCGCAAGUAUCUUGGCAUUGAGACUAGAUCUAUCUUUGAACUUAGCCACUUGUUCAGAUUGGUCAAGUAUGGCCUGACUCACCCGAAGCUUGUCAAUAAAAGAGUUGUCAAUCUUAGCGACCAGGCGGCAGAGCAUCUUGGGUUGCCUCUUGAAAAAAGCGAUGAUGUGAGAUGUGGUGAUUGGACUCGUCCUUUGAACUACCGUCAGGUUCAAUAUGCCGCGACUGAUCCCUACGCUUGUAUUUGUCUGUUCAAUACUAUGAAUAUGAAAAGACAAGCUAUGGACUCUGUACCACCCCUUCCUGCCCAUGCAGACCUUAACCUACCCAUCAUUCUUCCUCCUAAAAAGGCAUUGCAUGCUGAAAACAAGGAUUCAUUGCCUUCGAGCGCAGUCGUUAUUGAUCAUGCUUAA